UGUCACUCACCCGUCCUGCCCUAAUGACGUCGAACAAUCACUUCCGGUUACAAGCAGUAGCGUAAAGUACGGAAGAGAUUGCACCAAAACUUUCCCGUUAAGAUUCAUUUUUAGGUCGCUUUUAUUCAUAAAGCAUGGCGUAUCCAGGAUAUAACAAUUUUGGUGGUCCUCCGAUGCCAGGAGUUCCUGCUCAAGGGAUGGCAAUGCCAGGGGUUCCUGCUGCAGGCGGUUACCCAGCACAGCAAUACGGGGGUUACCCGGGGGCCUUUCCUGCUCCUCCGGCCCAGGACCCAAUGUGGAGCUAUUUCACAGCAAUAGCUGGUCAGGAUGGAGAAGUUGAUGCCGAAGAACUUCAAAGGUGCCUCACGCAGACUGGAAUAAGUGGCAAUUACACUCCCUUCAGUUUGGAAACCUGCAGGAUUAUGAUUUCCAUGCUGGAUAGAGAUUACACAGAGAUGGGUUUCAAUGAGUUUAAAGAACUCUUUAUGGUGCUAAACGGCUGGAAGCAGAACUUCGUUAUGGUGGACAGGGACUGCAGUGGAACGGUGGAACCUCAUGAGAUGUCCCAGUGCAUUGCUAACAUGGGGUUCCGAAUCAGCCCUCAAUCUCUGAACGCAAUCAUCAAACGCUACAGCAGGUCAGGAAAGAUCUACUUUGAUGACUAUGUGGCGUGUUGUGUGAGGCUAAGGGCACUUACAGACAACUUCAGGAGGAGAGAUACAAUGCAUCAAGGAAUGGUGAACUUCCAAUAUGAUGAUUUCAUCUUGUGUACUAUGUCUCUCUAAUGGACGUUACAGCCAAGUACAGGAUGCACUCCAGAAAGAGCACUGAAUCACUGAAAGUCCAGAGAAAUACACACACACACACACAUUUUAUAGUUAUAUAAAAUGGGCAUUUUGAAAUUAUUUGUUGAUUUGCCAGUAUAAAGUGUAGUAUGUGAACAUAGGAGUAAAACAUGCAUUUACUCAAAACAGCUUUCAAUAUUUGUGCCAAAGUAGUUGUUUUUUAACAAUCUUUUUCAUAUUCACUGUUUAUAAUGUCAGUGUAUUAAGUUUAAAUGUAAUCACACAUAUUUUGCCAAUAAAACAGUGUAUCUUGA